CUUUGAAAUAAGCUACUGACUUUGGAUAGCCAACGCUUUCACUUAUAGAUUUGCGAUAAGCGAAUAGCGCUUAAGAUCGCUUAAAAUGGCUCGAACGCCUCGUACCGAAGCUAUUGAAAAUUUUUUCGACAUUUUCGAUGAAAUCGGCAGGUAAGCUGAAGCUUAUAUAAAAGUUCACGUUGAUCAAGUUUAGUGUCACCAUAUGAAAUACCUGUUCUCUCUUUGGCGAAUACCCAACGAAGUAAAUCUUUUUUAAUUCAGAGGGCAAUAUGCUGUUGUCAAACGUUGUAAGGAAAAGUCAUCUGGAAAGGAGUAUGCGGCGAAAUUUGUGAGGAAAAGAAGGAAAGGCAAAGACUGCAGAGCAGAAGUUUGGCAUGAGGUUGAAGUGCUGAACGCCACAAAUACGCCUUAUCAACAUCCUCAGAUAAUCACACUGUACGAUGUCUUCGAAACCCGGAGCGAAAUUAUCCUUAUCUUAGAACUGUGAGUAAACGGUCGAUAAUUUUUUUAGCGUUUAAUUUAUUCAAAUGAGAAUGUAUUGUAUUGUGACUUUUAAACCAACAGCGCUCUUGGCGGAGAUCUGCAUAGACAUUGUAUAGCUUAUGACACAGAGGAACCUUCGUCCAGUAGAAGCGAAAGGGAAGUUGUUUAUCUUCUGAGACAAAUUUUAGAAGGAGUGAAACAUUUGCAUGAUCAAGACUUCGUACAUCUAGAUAUAAAGGUGAGAAUUGUCUGUGUGUUUUGAGACGAUAUUGUGUUUGAAUUGUACAUGUUACCGAAUGUUUGUUUGGCUUAGCUUCUCGUGAGGGGAUGUCGUUACGCUUCAAGCGUUUGCUAAACAUCCUUACAGCCUCCCCUUUGUUACAGUACAAAUAAUAUCAUUGAACCGAAGGAAAUUUUUUAUUUAUUAACUUGUUUGUUUUCCUUUACCGCUUCUAAAUUUUUCUCGUGAGCUUUAUUCUAAAAAAACGUACAUUUAUGUUUAAAGUCUUCCAAUACUGACGGCUUUUCAUGCUUUUUCAUAUUGCUCAUUCUAAUCAUUCACGAUAUUUUAAUAUUACAUGCUUUGAUAUACCACUUAUGAUUUCAUUUCGUACACAUUUCAUGAAAUUUUUCUUAAUGAAAACGAUCGUAUGCAUAUAACUUAGACUUCGUUAAACAUUUAAUGAAAACCUUCUUAAUAAUGAAGCAUCUAAUCAAAGAGGGCUUAAUUUUUGGCUGCCACAAAAUGCAAAGGCUUGAGUAGGGCAUUUAUUCUGUCGCAUAUAUUUUAAAUGCUUUCGGUAUCGCCGCCUUGUUAAAAAGAUAAAAUCAUGUACAUUUGCGCCAUGUCGGCCGGGUAUGCGAUUUUGAUAUUUUUCCUAUAAGCCAGAAUUACCUGUCAGUUACGCCACUAUACGACUAAGGAAAUUAUAAUCGUGUAUUUCCGACUUCUAAAAGUGGAACAAAUACUGUUGGACCUUUUUUAAACGAGAAACAAACGCCGAAAUGACCUUAGUUUGGAAUUUUAAUAAACCAUUACACAGAAGCUUAAUGAUUUAUGCCUUUGCGGAGUCUGAAUUGGUUCUACUGUGGCCUUAAUCAAGUGUGACAUGCCAUAGCCGGAGUUGAUUGCUUUUCAAGCGCCUCAAUCCUAUUUCUGUAAAUAAUACCAUGUAGGGAGUUUUGAAGUGAUAUGUGCAGAUUAUUACAAAAAUGUUGAGUACAAGAGAAAAUUCCAUUUUUCCCAUGAAGAUACACGUAAGAUUUACUGUAUAUUGAAAUCACUUUAAAGUUCCUUAAAAUAGAAAGAUCAUCCAUAUUUUAAAAAAGUGUCAGUAAAUCCGUGUUAAUUUCAUACCCUUCCCAAAUUGUUUUCACAAACAUAAUUGCCAGAAUUUUUUCCGUCAUAACACAAUCCAGCCCUGUCAGUAAAGUUACCCAUAUAUGGCAUUCCUGAAAUAGACAUACUAUCAACUUUCUUUGGGGUACUCAUGCUUUGGAGUUUAUUUUAAUGAUGAAUGUUCUGUUUAUAACAACCACAAGAGUCUAGUAUCUUUCAUUAGCCUCUUCUCUUCGAAAUUCCAUGGAUACCUAGCUAGCAGUUCCUUCUUUAUGCUCAGUGGGAACAUAGACAUGCUAAUGUAAAGCGUGUCUCUUUUCUGUGGAUUUACCUUGUUAAUUUUGUGUGUUCAUUUCCUAACUGCUCCAAUUGAUAAUGUCUUUGCACAGCCCUGCCCCCCCAUCCCCCCCCCAACACACACACAGAGUAAAUAAAUAUGUCUGGUUCAAGUCAGCCCUUUUUAAUUUUUGCAUAAAUUUCAAGCUUUAAGAAAAUUUUUUGGUCUUUACAUUAAUUUUGUGUCAAACCAAAUUGGUGACAGUAGCACUUGUAAAAAAACCCAGGCUUUACACUUUUUUUUCGAAAGUAGCCAAUGAUAAAAACUCUCUGGAAAGAAAAACACAUGAAACCACUUGAAUAACCUAUCACUAACCUUACUCUAUAAAUUGUAAUCAAAAUUUUUUAUUCCAUUAAAUUGGCAUAUAUAUACCUGUGGGUAAAUUUACUAUAAAUGAAAAAAUUAACUUUUUGUCAGGCAUGAUAUUUUUCUAAUAACUAUUUUUAGUACUCUAAAGGUCUAGAUAGUAUUAAGCUAGUGUAAUUUUUUUAAGUAGAAAUAACAUGUGCCUUCAGACACUUUAAGCCUUCCUUUGCUAUUAGUUCUAAAUAAAAUUGUUCAAUGUGAUCAGUCAAGUGAAAUCUUAGAUAUUUCAGAUAGUAUGAAAUUUAAACUAAUUUUUAUCAUUUAAAUGCUGUAAAAUUCCAAAAAUAAGCCACUCCAAAAUAGGCCCCCCAAUCCGGUAAAACAAAAAACCCUCCGUUAAAUCGCCCCACCAAUUAUAAGCGCCCUGGGGGCUUUUACGUGGAAAAUUGCUCUCAAGUACAAAGUAAAACAACGCAGACCUGGUAAAUUUCCUUCCAACUAUAAAGCUAGCCCAAUCGAUUUUGAAACGCAAAUUUCCUUCCGUAGAUAAGCCUCUCCGAAUAUAAGCCCCUCCAAAAAUAAGCCCCUAAAAAAGGGACUUUGAAAAAUAUAAGCCACGGGGCUUAUUUUCGGAAUUUUACGGUAACUCAUUUUUAUCAUUUCAUUUUUUUUCUCCCAAGCCAAACAAUAUUCUGCUAAUGACUGAACAUGCCUAUCCUGAAAUCAAGAUCAUAGAUUUUGGUCUGGCUCGAAAGAUCAAAGAUGGUGAACAAAUAUGUUUAAUUGUUGGAACACCAGAGUAUGUUGGUAAGGUCUAUAUUUUAUGUAAACUCAUGGAUGUUAUUAUGUAGUGUAUCCAACUAGUUAAUGUACGGACUGUGUGUCACAAAUGUGUGGUUCCAGGAUUGAGGAGAGACCACUAUAUUUGCAGGCUACUGUGGGGGAACUUGCGCAUUUUUUCUGUCACUGCGGCAGGUUCUGUGAAAUGUCCUAGAGCCGAGGCCUGAGGAAAGACAACUAUUACCCCCACGAAUUUUGCAUUCCAGGGGCUGCCUGUCAGACCCUUCAUCUCCUGGAAUUUCCGUGAUUUUGCCACUUUAUUGGGUACCUCCUGAAAGGAAUAUAUCUAGAAAUUUGUUGCACUGUACAUCUAUCUGAAAGGUAUCCAUGUUUCUCCAGUAAACUGAAAAAAAGUAUUGCUGUUCAUGUUAAUACAGUGUCUAACAGCAAAUAUGUCAUCCCUCGAACUCCUUAAUUUUGUCUACUUAUAUGGAUGUGGGAAAGCAACGCUCAUAUAUAAUUUGUUGAGGUCUUUCUUAGCUAAUAAAGGUAAGUCACUGAGAUUCAUGGGGGCAAUACCUUACACUUCACGAACGAUCGGCCAUGCAGAGCCGAUGAACUAUGGCGUAUAGCUUUGAAAAAAGGAUUUAGCCAACCAUGAAUAAAAGAUCAUCAAUGACAACAGUAAUCCUUCUUUUGAAACAGUGUUUAAAAGUAAAAUAACUGAUAGCAGGUUCAACAGAGCAGCUGUUAGUUUUGAUUAACUCAGCAUAAUCCUAUUUAGAACCCUGGAAAAAAGACUUUAAGAAACCACCCCCCACCCCCACCCCCUCAAAAACUGCCUCAUUUUGGACCCCAUCUGGCCCCAGAAUCAUCAGUGCAGUAGGUAUUAGAGUAUUUUGUCUCAUUAAAAUUGUACUCUUUAGAAAGAGUGCUGAAUCAAGUUGCUUUUCUUUACCUCCAGCUCCUGAAAUCCUUGAAUUUGAGCCUGUGGGAAAGCCAAGUGAUAUUUGGUAAGCUGAAAGACUUAAGUUGCAGUUUUGGGAUAGCUAACUCUGUUUAUAGAUUCAAAACCUACAGUGAUGACAAGAAUUUGCCUGUCAGCAAAAUUUUGAUGGGUGCUUCCUUAAAUGCCAGGCCAAAAUUUACUCUUUUUAUUAUUAUCAAACCAGUGGAUUACGAACAAAGAAUUAAAAUUGAACAUGACAUUCAGGGUAUAAUAUAUUUUAUUAUGGCCAAAAGAACAUGGUUAUAAACUAUUCUAACUUUUAGGACUAAGUGGCCAUAUUAGUUGAGGCUUUACUGUAUCAAUAAAUUUCCAGCCAUCCACCACAUACAUUUUUAUAGUACAGUGCAUAUUUCCCACAUAGUAAAAUCUAAACAUGGGAGUGGUACGUCAAGUAAAUUUCAGUCAACUCUGAUAAAUGUUGCUGUUGUGCAUCAGCUACAGUGAGAAUAAUUAGUGCCAAUUAAAUUAACUAGUCUUGAUUUUCUUUCAGGAGUAUUGGAGUCGUUGCCUAUGUGAUGUAAGUGCUUUCUAUCCUUUCCAUCAGUUAUCUUUCAAAAAUUUAGUUUUAACCCAUUUAUAUCCAUUAGGGUUUUAGAAUACUGGGAAACAGAAUGAACAGAACCGUGCAGCUAGAGUAAUUUUAAAGCCCAACUAUGGGACUAGCUCGAGCCUGCUUCUUGAUAUACUCAAAUGGGACAAAUUAGUUAUAAGGAGAAAGAAGCAUAAAGCAAUAAUGAUGUUUAAAUCUCUAAAUGAACAAGCUCCAGUGUACUUGCAGAACCUAUUUCACGAACGAAGCACAGACUAUGAUUUGCGCAAUUCCUUUCAUAAAUUGACAUUGCCCAGGCCGCGUACUAACUACUUGAAACGAAGUUUCAGUUACAGUGGUGCUUUGUUGUGGAACUCUUUACCCGAAAAUGUGAGAGAAAUUAAAUCAGUCAGGAAAUUUAAAGAGCAAAUCAAACAUGUAUUUGAGUCGUCGGACUCUCACUCGGCAGUCUUGUAAAACAGUAUGUCGAUAGUUUUUAGUCUAAUUAAUUGUGAUUAGAUUUUUACUCUAUUAUUACUGAAGAUUUUACCGAGUUUUAAAUAAAGAAUCUACCUACCUACCUACCUAAGACAACAAACACAAAUUGUUCUAUGGUAUCAUGGCCAGUAGGGUUGGGAAGGGUUGAUAAGCAUUACUUGAGUGCGUUACUUGAUAAAUGAAAAAAAGUAUGGAAAGCGAAGAGCUUAGAUCCCCGGUCUCUCCCUUGUUUUAAAAAAGUGGCGAAGGCUCCAAGGCACUAGAAAACAAAGGUUACUGUAGAUUGUCUCAAACAGUUUUGUGCUGCCGUCUAAUGGUUAUAACUUCCCUGUAUUUGUGAUUUGAAAAUACUUAUUACCUGUGUAGUUACUUUUUUACUUUGUACCUUGAUUUAAUCAUUUGAAAGUGGUGGAGAUGAUGGUUUCAAUAAGAAAUAUUUGAAUAAGUGUAACUAAGGUAUGUACAGUUUAAUCCCUGUGAUAUCAUUUUAUUUAGGCUAACUGGACUGUCACCAUUUGCUGGAGAGGACAAGCAAGAAACCUGCUACAACGUCUCCUUAGGUGCAUUAGAUUUUCCAGAGGAAUACUUUAAGAAUAUAUCCCACACCGCUCAGGAUUUUAUUAAAAGGCUUCUACAACGAGAUGCUGAGUAUGUCAGUUAUUAAUAGUACUUAACAAUAACAGUUUAUGUUUUUAUUGGCUUUUUCAAUCCCUUUUUUUGUUAAUAUAGCCUUAACUUAUGUUCAGUAGUGUAAAUUACAAACAUGAUGUACUUAUAUUUGCAGUGACAGACUCUCAGUUCAGGAAUGUCUAAGUCACCCUUGGCUUAACACUGAAGAAUUAUUCCAACGAAGCCCUGUAAGAAAAAGUCGGCGUUCUUAUGGUUCAGAACAAAAACAAAAGAGAAAAAAGCUUAAAAAGCUGCAGCAUCAAAAUGGGCUAGUUGAUGGUGAGUGUUACUGUAUU